UUUCGUCUUCCUUUGCAACUCGUUUUCGCAGGCUUCUUGAUUCUGGUAUGCCAUCAGGAUGCCCCUUCUUGACAUCUUCCAAGCUGUGCGAGAUUACACUCGUGACGAACGUAAUGCACACAGCGCAAAUACGCAAAAGAUAUUAUGGCGGCUAGGAGACGUCUUCCUACGGACAUGGGAUCUCGGGUUCACGGCGUUCGGCGGACCGCCUGUUCACUUCCGCAUUGCACACCAAAGGUUUGUGGAGGGCAAAAAUGGGAAGACGCCAUGGAUCGACGAGCAGAUUUAUCAAGAGUUCUUCGCCAUAGCCCAAGCUCUGCCAGGACCAGGAAGUACUAAGAUGCUGUUCUGCAUUGUCCUAAUACAUGCGGGUAUCAUUCCUGCCAUUUUUGUGUUCCUUACCUGGAGCUUGCCAGGAGCGAUUGGGAUGUAUGCGUUAUCGUUGGGCGUGCAGCGGAUCAACGAAGUUCUUCCAGGCAUAGCGUACGCCUUCCUGUCUGGCUUGAAUGCAUCCACUGUUGGUAUCGUUGCCCUCGCAGCUGUACAGCUUGCCGACAAGGCCAUCAAAGACAAGUUGACCCGAAUCCUUGUCAUUGGCGGUGCUUGUGCCGGGAUGUGUUACACUGCACUUUGGUAUUUCCCGGUUCUGAUCAUGAUUGGCGGGAUUAUGACUGUGGUCUGGGAUAUGUGCCUGCGGCAAGUGGUCGGCAAGGCUCGCGCGAGGCGGGAACGGAGGCGCAGAGAAUCGUUGCACCCAGCUGGAGCGGCAGAACAGAAUCCAUCGCAGCCUGAACCCGUUGAGUUGACCACGCGCGAUACGACUCCGAGCGGACCAUCGGCCGAGACCUUGCACAGGCGACACGAUGGUCAAACCGAGCAAGACCCUACCGCUGCGAAGAAUCCCCAGGCUGAAGAGACGAGAAGAACAUCCACCAAUCCGAGCACCGUCCAGACGGACACUCAGUCGCAUGCCAUUCCUGUCAAGACGGGCCUUUUCAUCAUUGCUGCUUUUUUCGCCUCCUUCAUCGCCGUACUCGUCGCUCGAGGUGUUGUUGACAAUCCCCCACGGGCUUUCGACCUCUUCGCGAACAUGUACUUGGCUGGGACCAUCAUAUUCGGCGGCGGACCCGUGGUCAUCCCUCUUCUGCGCGAAUACGUCGUCCAACCAGGCUGGGUGUCUCCGCGAGACUUCCUCAUCGGCCUUGCCAUCAUCCAGGCCUUCCCGGGACCAAAUUUCAAUUUUGCCGUCUUCCUCGGUGCGCUUUCGCUGCUCGGCACAUCCCAGCCUACUAUCCUUGGCGCAUUCUUGGGAUACUUGGGUAUUUUCGUGCCCGGUAUCACUCUCGCUGUUGGCGUGCAGAGCUUGUGGCGAGUGCUGCGGACCAAGCCUUUCGUGACGAGUCUUCUGAGGGGUGUCAAUGCUACGGCAGUGGGUCUGGUGUUCACGGCCGUCUAUAGAUUGUGGCAGAUCGGAUACUUGACGCCGGAAAAGAGCGAUGGGCAGAGUUUGGCGACUGAGCCUUGGUGGGUUGUGGUCACGGCGCUUACAUACUCGGGCAAUGCUUGGUUCAAUGUCCCUGCUCCUGUGGCUAUUGUGUUUGGAGGUCUUCUGGGACUCUGCUGGUAUGGAGUGGUGGGGCAUUGAUUGUCUGUAGCCUACUGGUACUCACAGUGGUACUACCGCAAACGAGGAUCAUGUCCAGAUGCUGUGUGGGAGACGACCAAAACCAUCGUGGUGGCUGCAGCUGAAAAGUCUUAAGUUGGAUCUAUUAAGAGG